UACUAGAUACAAGGAUGAAUCCCGAGGACGAGUCUUUGCAAAUGCACUUGCUGCACGACUAUACCUCGUCACUGAUACGGUCACGGAUCCUCUACAAGCAGCUACUGGACUGUCUACGCUCCAAGGACAUCAGAACCUUCAGGAUCCUCGUCGAGCAAAGCUUGAAGAAAGUACCGUCCGGCAUUAACGUGAACCACGUGUACAGGAAUCGAUCGGAGGAGACAUGCUUGGACAUUGCCUGCAAGAACGGUCUGCCGGAGUUUGUGCAGUUUCUGCUGGAAAAAGGGGCGAAGGUGAACAGGAUCAACGAGGCGCACAACCGUGGCCCGAUUCACUUCGCCACGGAGAACGGUUAUCAGGAUGUUCUUAGAGUUCUCCUGAACGAAUCGACGAUUAAUCCGAAUCUGGAGGCCGGUCAGCAGACCGCUCUCCACAUGGCGGUGAAAAAAAAUGACCUGAACUGCGCUGAGUUGUUGCUCGAGAAGGGAGCUAGUCCCAACAUACCUAAUAACAAAGGUCUGACCGCCGUGCACAUAGCGGCUAUGAAAGGUCAAAGGGACAUGGUGGAGUUGAUUUUGCAGAAAUCGACGCACGCCGUGGAUCUGGACAGCUACAAGGAUUACAACAACGAGACCACCAGAGACGUUUUAACGAAGAAGCUACCAGACGUCGAGCUUCCGUCGGUUCAAAAGAGAGGCGUGAACGUGUACGAUCUCAAGUAUUACUUGAACGCAAACGACCAGACGAACUUUUUCAAGUGUUUACAAGUCGUUCAGGACGAUGUGGUGAACAAUGUAGCCGAGGAUCUGAUCGAGAUGGCUGCCCAACGGAACUUCGAGGACACGAUUUCUGCGCUGCUGGAGAGGGUACAGAGGACCGUAGGAUGUAAUUUACAGAAAGCUGCGAAUAUAGCGAUUCAGAUGGGCUCGCCUGGUGUUCUUCGUAGGAUAUUAAAUACGGAUAUCCAGGUCGGAAACGAUUUGCUGUUGAACGCUUGUGUCGAGCUGGGCAUUCCGGGAGGAAACGGUACGGAGAACAUGGAUGAUCGUUUGGAGUGCCUGAAGCUGAUCCUGGACAGGGAUGACGUGGAUGUUCGAUGCACGGACAGCAAAGGAAACACCCCGUUGCAUUACGCGGCCAGAGCUGACUGCCGCGAAGCGGUCACGUUAUUGCUGGAGAAAGGAAGUUACAUAGGUCACACGAACGUCUUCGGCGUGCCGCCAGUCGCCGACAUCUCCGUGUCCAUCCUGUCUCAAUAUUUCGACGAUUGCAUACAAGCCCGAAAAGAACAAACGAACGAAUACACGAUCGAGUUCGACUACAAAUGCUUGAUACCUCACGGCACGUGUCGCGCCGAGUAUCAAGAGUCCAAUCCCCGACAGACACGAGAGAUGGAUAUAUUACAGUACAUCGCGGACAACCGUAGUCUGAAGCAUUUAUUAAAGCAUCCUCUUCUGUCCACGUUUUUGGGCCUGAAAUGGCGCAGAAUACGAGACCUUCUCUUUCUAAACUUCAUCUUCUACGUUCUCCUUUAUUGUUUUCUGAACAUCUACAUUCUAAUCGUGACGUACGAAAUAGCGGACACCAGAACAUCACAAAACUCGAGUGAUCCACUGAACGAAGAAACAGUGAAAUCAGCCUCAGUCGGUGUGCUACGAAUCUUCACUAGUAUAGCACUGGUUUUGCUCGCUGUCAGAGAGAUCCUACAGUUCGUCUCGUCGCCGUGUUACUAUAUCUCGAGUCCCGAGAAUUGGUUAGAAAUCGUGUUGAUAAUUCUUGGGUUCUCGGUCCUUUGCGGGGCUGGGAUGAAAGUUGCCGCAGUGGUGAUAUUGUUGUCCGCGUGGGAGCUGGUCAUCUUGAUGGGCCAACAUCCCUCGUUGUCCACGGACGUCGAGAUGUUCAAGACCGUGUCUCUGAAUUUUCUGCGCUUCCUGGUCCCCUACGCGUUUCUGAUUCUAGCAUUCGCUUUUGCUUUUUUCGUGCUCCUCGAGGAUGGGGGCGACGAGAAUUUCUCGGGUCCUGGACAGUCGCUGUUCAAGACCGUCAUCAUGCUCACGGGAGAGUUCGAUGCAAAUGACAUACCGUUCGUGUCUCAUCCGAUUAUGAGCCAUUUGGUCUUCAUGUUAUUUGUUUUUCUGAUUGCUAUAGUUCUGUUCAAUCUGCUGAAUGGGCUGGCGGUCAGCGAUACCGCGGAGAUUCUAGGCAAGGCAGAAUUGGUUGCAUUGAUCUCCAGGAUAAAAUUGGUUUCGUACAUUGAAAACGUCGCGAUCCGUGCUCCGUUUGUUCACGGGCGACAUUGUUUGCUCUGCCAUGGUUUCCUCCACUUGUGGUCGUGUAAUCCAUUCACAUUCCUUCUUAACAGGAUUCUUAUUUUUCCGGAUUACUUGAAGGAUGGUAAACUGACCGUUAAACCGUACGACGGUUUGGUAACAUUAAACGAUCAAAUUUGUUAUAUGAAAAAAUCUGUCGGGGAAUCGAAAGACAAAGUAUAUCCUACAUUCACAAUGAACUCCCGUGUUAUAAAGCAAGUUAAAGAGAUCCUUUCGAAAAGGGGCCGGGAAUCGGAUAGCGAAAAGGUGAUCAGCGAAUUAGAAAAAGUGAAAGAGAGAUUAACUUUGAUUGAUAUGACAUUAAAUGCCUUGAAACAAGGACUUGAAAAUAAUAAUUUCAAUAUUAGAAGAAACAAUGAGAAUUGAACGCCGUUCGGGCAGAUAGUUAUAAACAAUAUUCAUCUUUAAUUUCUGUUGCUUAGAUGUGACAAGAAUCAUUAUUAUGCAAUGAUACAUUUGUAGGUAGAGCUGGAUAUAGCGUAUCAACACUAUUACUACAGACAAAUAGAAAAGUAUAUCACUUGAUAUUACUGUAAUAUGGCUAUUGAAUUUGAUAGACUAUUUGACUGCUGCGUAUUACAUUGUGUCUGUACAUACAAAUCUAUAUAUAUAUACACAUUUUUAAUUUUAAGUGUUGUUUAAAAUCUGU